GGGGAGGGAUGAACUCUCAGGCUAAGAGUUGAAGUUUUUCAAGGCAUACAGGGGAGUCAAUAGCCGUUCGUAUUUCCAGUAGCCGACGAGCCAACCAGGACUGGCGAGAGGCUGCACAAGGUGACAAGACAUCGGCAAUGUCCUUCCCUAUCCCCUGUCAAAAACGCAACGUGGUUCCCGUCCAGUGAUGGAAAUGCAUAGGAACCUAAAUAAGAUACACAAUGGCACCAGGGAAAACCGAAGGAGCCUUUGCUUUAAUUGGAAGCAUAUACAUAUGCAAAUGUCUGCUGCAGCUGGCCGAGACGACAGCAAAGCCAUCCCGCGUGGUGACGGGCUGCAUGUGUAUGAGCAUAUAUAUAGAUAGCCGGAGUCAAGUAUACUCUGUGCGUUUAUGUAUAAACCAGAGUACCGGGUAUACAAAGGAUACUUAUAUACACCUUGGGAAAGUGAUGCAGUUUGGUUCUCACUUGUAUCCGUACCUUCUUCUACUCUUCUCCUUUUUGGUUUCGUUUUGCUCUUCAUUCCCCUUCACUUGGCACUCUCUGGUGUAACAGUCGGCUCACGAGAAAGAGUGUGAGCUGGGAGAUCAAGAGUGGGAUGACUAGGUUAACUCCAUUAGGCGGAUUUCUUGGUCGACUGGUGUGCGUGCGAGUGUGUGUAUGUGUGUGUGUGUGUGUGUGUGUUCGUGCGUUGCGUAUAUGCAGGCGCGCAACCUGGCCGUCAAGGAUAUAAGGUGCGCAGGCUGAUAGUCGCUAACUAUACAUGGGGUGGUUUGUAUCAGCUAGUACUUCUCGUUUCAAUGACAACGCCUGCACCACCGCCGGGUUGUCAGGUAGCGAUAUACCAGCACCCCAUCCAUGCAGCCCCAUCAACCUGAAGCUCUGCCCGACAGCAAGUCACUCGUACUACCGAUGAUACCAAAUACUUGCCUAUUCGUCUGUCCAUAAAGCUUUCUUCUCGCGACGUUGGAAGAAGCGGACGUCUUGAUGACAAAGCAAACAUGAUCAUGUGACAAAGAUCCGGAUCUAUAUAGCCCCGGUUCCGUUCCCUUUUCGGCCCGCCCGGAAGAGAAAGCAGAACCGCAACGCCGACCUGAGGCUUCCAACCAUCUGCUGCUGCUGCUGCUGCUGCUGCUGCUGCUGCUUCGCGCUUGACAUCGACUCCCUGGCCAUCUUAGCCUGCCGCCGCCGGCCUCAUGGACGACUCCAGGCCAGCAAGGGCCAGAAAGACGCCGCCAGAAACGAGCGAGAGAGCC